AUGUUCGGACUGUUUCGGAAAAUCAUAUAUGAAACAUGUGACGCUAUUUGGGGUGAGUUACAGGUUGUCUAUUUGUCACCUCCAAACGUAAGCGAACUUAAAGCCAUUGCAAACAAGUUUUACGUAAAGACUGGCAUGCCUAAUUACUUAGGAGCUAUAGAUGGGAAGCACAUCCGUAUAGUCAGUCCAAGGAACAGCGGAUCAUUGUACUACAAUUACAAAAAAACGUUUAGCAUUGUACUAAUGGCGGCUUGCGAUGCUAAUUAUGUGUUUACAUAUGUAGAUGUCGGAGCACUAGGCAGCCAAAGCGACGGUGGAGUACUUUCCCGCAGUGCCUUUGGAAGAAAAUUGUUGAAUGGCACUCUAGAAGUUCCUUGCGACACAAAUUUGCCAGGUACAUCGACUAACUUUCCGUAUUAUUACGUUGGCGACAGUGCGUUUCCACUGAAACAAAAUUUAAUGCGACCAUUUCCCGGCCGUAACUUACCACAAGAUAAAGACAAAUUUAACAUGAUGUUGUCUAAAGCCCGAGUACACAUAGAAAAUGCUUUCGGAAUUUUGGCCAACCGAUGGAGAGUACUACAUACAAUAAUACAUGCUUGCCCAAAGAAUGCAGACAAAAUUGUUUUAGCUACCGUAGUUCUUCAUAACUUUUUGAUGUUACAAAAUGACAGGAACUACUUUACCCUUGAACUUGCUGACCACUCAGUUGGAAACCAAGAAAUUCACGGCCGUUGGAGAGAGGAAGUAAAUGCUCUGGAUUCAUAUCAAGCAAGAUCUGUCAAUCGCUCAUACACAAAUGCAUUUCAGUUACGUGAAUUAUUAAAAGAUUUUCUUUCAAGUAAUGCUUUGUGAAAUGCAUUUCAAUGUCGGACAAAUUAAUAGGGUCGCGACAUUUUGACAAGUUUUGAGUAUUUCUUUUUGUAUGCUUAAUGUUUAUUAAUUUUUA